AUGACCCCACGGUCUUUAGCGCACCAACUUGUACUGAACGCUUCAGUUAAGCGAACACCUGGUCGACCAGCUCGAAAAUACAAAGAUCAGUCCCCAGGAACUCCCACAAAAGUUUCCAAGCGUCAGCUUAGUCAGGAUGUUAGUCUAGGUAGGGGUAAACCUUUAGAAAAGAGAGACAACAUAAAAGACCUUUUCACAGCUCAAGAUACCUGUGAUGUCCUGGACGCCUUUGAGGACUUCCCUUUUCACGGCUCUGAGGCUCAUCAGCUUGAGCAGAAACAGCUGAAAAAACAACAAGCAAUUGACAACGAUUACAUUGACAAUGGUGGUGAUAUCCUUGAACAAUUUCAGGACUCUGAAUUCACCUUUGACCGACUGGACAUGGAAGCAGAUGUAGAAGAGGAGAAAGAGCAAGAUAGACUGCUAGAAAAGGCCAAAGACGAAGAGCAAGAGGAACAGGGAGUAGCAACGGGGGCAUGUUAUGCGAAUAACACUGCGAAUCAGGGUUAUGUGACAAGCAUGUCCACCCUUUCACAUCCUCCAAGCACGCAAAAGGUUAAUUAUACCUCAAUUCGCGAGCAAGCUUUAAGGAAUCGAGCUAUCAUUGAGAUCGAAAGUACUCAGAUUCCAAUAUCAAUCCAGGAGCAGCAGCCAUCCACUUUCAACACUGUACGCACAAAAGCAAGCCUUGGUCCUGGCAUCACUGCAGUGAAGAACUUCUGUGUGCUUUCUGCGAAUGAUAUUGGUCAGGAUGAGCGUUACGAGGAGAUCGAGGUAGCUUUCCACCUUAUUCCUAAGGCUUUUGACAUGAUGACACAGGAUUACCUCCUCAGAUCACAGAGAGUAUCAGAUCAUAUCAAGGUGGAGUGGUUAGAUCCUCCAGGGCUUCACCCAAGUGACAUUCGCGGACGUCACGCAGUCUUCCAUGUCUCAGAUGAGGCCUUCGCAAAGGGUCCUGAUAAGUUGGUUUGGCGCUCGAGAUUCAAUUGCAGUGGUAGCUGCCAGCAAGUUCAAGCCCUACCUACCUCACUUCCAGCACCACAACGUCCAAAGAGAAAUCUACGAAAACGACAGAGGAAAGAGGAAAGGAGUGAGGGACAUGAGGGGAGUGAGGAGAGUGAGGCAAGGAAUAGAAAUGAAGGGAUAGAGGGGGAUGAGUGGGCUGAGGAGGAUCAGGGGAGUCUGCAGGGCAAAGAGGAUCCUGUGGAGACAAAAAGAACAACAAUUCGCAAACGAAAAUGCCCAUUGUGUGUUGAAGUGCGAAUGACUCCUAGAAGCAUUCGCAGAGGAUAUUGCACAAUUAUCCAGCCAUUACCUUCCUACCAUGGGGAUCCAAAACCUCUGAGCCUUCUCAGGAUAUCCUACCACAUGCGCAAUAUCCUUCAUGAUGCUGCGACACUGGUCGGAACGACCGAAAGCCGCCUCAAGCUUCGAUGGUUCACCAGUAUCUCCAAGCUCCAUCCUUAUGCGACUUGGUUGUCUGACAAUUGUCCUCAUAGGAUGCCCAAAGAGAGUGACUUUGCAACCGCCAUACGGACAGCAUUGAGGCAAGACAGACUGGACACUCUACCAUUGGCAGCUAUUCAAGUCCUCCACUCAGCAAAUCCAUCGACAUUCCUGAGUUGUGAAAUCCCUCACGAUCUUGUCCUUGGAGGAACUGAAGAGUUUCCCACCAAUGCCACUUUCCAAUGUGUGAUCAGCCCCAAACACGCUCUGCAAACUGCAAUUCGCCAUGCUCACGAAAGGGGACUAGCCAUGGACUCUUCUUGGAGGAACAAAAACGCUAUUCGCUGUCCAGUCACCUUCCUCACCACUGUCAAUGAGCACAAUCACAUGGUGCCAAUGGCUGUAAUGCUGUCAAAUCAUGCAACCACCGCGUCUUACACCCAUCUCCUCUCUGUCUUUCGAAAAGCUGUGGAAGAGGAAGCAAAAGCUCUUGUGAAUGGUACCUCAGAGGUCAUCAGCGAAUUUGAAGACAAGGAGAUUGUCCUCAGUAAUGCCAUCCUCAUUACUGAGGAUGGCUUCUGGCCCCUCAUGGUCAUGAUUGAUUGUGAUGCCGCAGAGCGAAACGCAGCCCAGACAGUUUUCCCAGGAACUCCUGUUGGUCGCGAGAAGACAUCUAGGUUCCUCUCAGCCCUUCGAAAGUGUCAGAGGUGUGAUGUGGAAGAGGAGUGGGAGGAAGUGUAUGAAGAGUUUGAGGCAGAUGUACUGGAGUUGUUGGACGGAGACGAAGAACAUUGGGAGACCAUUCGCACAUGGUUGAAUACUCAAUGGUUCAGCGAAAGCUGGCGCAAAUGCCUCAUGGAUUAUGGUCUUCCUCGCGAACACACAAGAGAUGGGCCGCUUUCUACCAACAACUUUGUUGAGGCAGCAUUCAGGACUUUUGACAGAGUUUUCCUACAAGCCCGAGCCAAUAAGCGAAUCGAUAAACUCCUUGCCGUUAUUGUUAACAUCUACUUUCCAAUGUAUCUCUAUUCUCCCCCAACCUCUGGUCGAUGUGAUCCCGACAUAACACAAGAGAUCCAGAAGGGUCUUGAGAUCUGGCAGCUGGGUCAGCUCAAGCAUUGUGAUUCGGAAGAAAUACCCAGCAGCUUGGAGCCUCUUAAAGAAACCUUCACCAUUGAGUCUGGCUUGCGAAAGCGAAACGCGCAUUACUGUGGAAUAAAGAAAUCCAGUGAUCGCGAAUACUGCUCGUGUGGGUGGUUCCAGUCUAGAGGGAAGAGAUGUCGAGGACUAUGGGCUCUUCAUUGUCUUACAACCUGUGGAGAGCUAGAGGCGUAUGAAGGACAGACUGCAGCAUAUGCAACGGCUUUGCGAAUGGGACCAAGGGAAGGGGUGGGGAAUAAGGGAACCACUUCGGCACAAGUUGACCAGGAGGAAUUGCGAAAGUGGUGGGGACACGAUCCGACAGAACUUGCAGACCAACAGUGGGAUACUACAUCUAGACCCAGUGGCUGUCUGUUAGUCAGUAUCGAUUCAAAAGAUCUUGAUGCAGAAACACCAGCGAAUGAGCAAGAAAUCAAUCCCCCCAUAGGUCGACGACAUAAAGCCAUGCGUUCUGAGUCAGAAGAAGGCUGCGAGACCCCCAAGAAAAGCGAAAGUCAACCAACACAGCCCAACAAAGGUGGCCGGCCUGCUUCCAACAAGCCUCUACAUCCGCACCGAAGUCAAAAGAAGAACAAGAGCAAUAUCCAGUUUCGUACUGAGCAGCUCCCCUUUCACGAAAGGCCAGUUGGGGCUAAGAACUACAACCAAACUUGUUUUGCUAUCAGUUUGUUCCAUAUCAUUCUGCGAAUUCCAUCCUUCUCAGCAGCUUUCAAUGCUAUCAAAGCCGAACUAAGGGUGGAAGUGUCCAGACUGGUGGUCAUGCUGGAGAACUUCUUUGACUGUAUCAAUGUGUCACGAACUACGUCGUGA